AUGUCCGACUUGCCAGACACUUCGACCCCGAGAAGUGACCACGACAGCCAUGUCGGCAAGCCCAGCGGCACCAGCUCCCCCCAAAAACCGCCUUCCGGACCUGCCAGCGCCUUGAAACUCCCCACCAUCGAAACUCCGGGCGAUUUCGCUCCGGUCCAUCGCAAGGGCCGCAAGAAGUCCAACUCCAUCUCCAACGCCGUGUUGCAGCACGCGCGUGCUAAUAACAAGAAGGUGUCGUUCUCCAACUACCAGUCGUACAACUCCAGCCAGAUCUUUACCUCUUCCAACUCGUCCUCCAAUCUGGACGCCUCAUCGCACAACUCCAGCGAGGAGGACUUGACCACCUUGAACGGCCAAGACCUCACGGCCCCCAGGGCCGCUCGCUUCACUACCUCAGUGACCCCCUCCCCCAGCAUCACUCCUCAAAUCAGCAAUUCCGGUAAUUCUGCACAUACCUCCUCCCAUCACUCCUCCAAGAGAAACAGCCUUCGAAAAUUACAGUCAUAUCCGUUUUCUUCCGAGAGAAUGGGCGUCUCACAGUCCCUCGACUCCCAGUUAUUGGAAAACCACCUGUCGGAGGGCUCCACCACCCCCUUACCGGAGUUCAACAAGAGACCUCUCACCGAUACGCCCAUCGUGUCCAGCAUGGCCUCGCCCGUCACUCGUGAACAAUCUAGCGACGAGGAGGACGAGGAGGACGGCGAUGACCACACAAUCAAGUCCAAGAAACCCGAGCCUGCGGGAAAAGAGUCUAAAAUCGGACCCAUUUCAAAAACCAGAAACAUUUCCCAUUUAAGCUUGGCUGAUCUUAGCAUGGAGGAAGAAAAGCCUCACCGGGCUAAAUCGGAGUCAAUCAGCCCAAUGACAACCAACGUGAAUCCCUCGCCUAGUGAAUCCAGCACCAGCAUCUUGAUUCCAGCUCCUAAUGCUACCGCUGCAGAGGACGCAAAAAAAUUACAGAUGGAUCAUCAAACCAAGACGACUGUCUUGCAAGAUGUCCCUAUCGAAUUACAGCAACAGUUCGAAAAGACACCUUCGAUCGAGAGGUUGAAAAACUUGCUUUUGACAAAACCUCCUCCAAGUGCUCGUAAGGCUUACACAUUGAAUAUUCCAGGGCAAACAUCUUCCAAAACCUCGCCUGAUGGAAAAAUCGCAUCAGUUGAUGUUGGGUCCAAGCUUGUCAUUGUCAUGGUGGGUCUCCCUGCCAGAGGUAAGAGUUACAUCACCAACAAACUUACCCGGUAUUUGAAUUGGUUACAACAUGACUGUCGAGUAUUCAACGUCGGCAACACAAGAAGAAAGGAUAAGGAGAAUAAUGUGGGACCAGAAAACCAACCAUUGCCUGAUACAAACACUCCCAACAACGAACAAUCAACUCCUUCCCCUGAAUUAAACACUACCAAGUCACCAGCGCAAGAAGGUAAAGCCAAUCAAGUCAAAUCUCCAUCUCAGCAUAAUGCCGAUUUCUUCAGUCCCGACAAUAAGACAUCCAAUGCAUUAAGAGAGAAGUGGGCUAUGGAUACUUUGGAUCAAUUAUUGGACUAUGUCAUCAACGGCCCUGGUUCCGUGGGUAUUUUUGAUGCAACCAACUCUACCAAACAACGUAGAGUUAAGGUUUUGAAAAGAAUCCAACAACGCUCAAAAGGCGAGCUUAAAGUUUUGUUCUUGGAAAGUAUCUGUUCUGACCCAACUAUCAUCGAGUCGAAUAUUCGUUUGAAGUUAUCAGGGCCUGAUUACAGAGAUAUGGAUCCAGAACUUGCAUUAAAGGAUUUCGUUGGAAGAUUGCAUAAUUAUGAGAAGGCUUACGAAACCAUCGACGAAGCUGAGGAAUCCAUUCCUGGAUACCAAUACGUUAAGAUGAUCGAUGUUGGUAAGAAGGUGGUCAGUUAUAAUGUCCAAGGAUUUUUGGCGUCGCAGACCAUUUAUUUCCUCCUUAACUUCAACCUUUGUGAACGUCAAAUUUGGAUUACCAGACACGGUGAAAGUGUGGACAAUUUGAGCGGACGCAUUGGUGGUGAUUCACGUUUGACCAAGAGAGGUCAACUGUUCGCCAAAACUUUAGCCAAAUUCAUGAACUUCCAACGUCAAGAGUUCAGAAAGCAACAGUUAGAGCGCUUCUCGACAAGAUUAGAGUUGAAGUACAAUUCUAUUUUCAAUGACGAUGAUAUUGCCAAUAUUGAUAAUAUUCCAACAGAACCCAACUUUUGUGUUUGGACAUCCAUGCUUUACAGAGCUGUGGAAACUGGUCGUUAUUUCGACGAACAAUUGUAUUCGAUUAAGGAAAUGAGAAUGUUGAAUGAAUUAGGAGGAGGCAAGUUCGAAGGCUUAACUUAUGAUGAGAUCCAAAGGAAGUACCCUCGUGAAUUUGAAUCGAGAUUAAGAAAUAAAUUGAGUUACAGAUAUCCAGGUGUUGGAGGAGAAUCAUAUUUGGAUGUUUUGACUAGAUUGAGGCCACUUAUCACCGAAAUCGAGAGGACUACUGACCAUGUCUUGAUCGUGUCGCAUAGAGUUGUUUUGAGAAUUUUAUUGGCAUAUUUCUUGAACCUUGACAAGUCCUCAAUUGGAGAAUUGGAUGUUCCAUUGCACACGUUGUACUGCCUUGAGUCCAAACCUUACGGUACCGACUAUAGAAUGUACGAGUAUGACGAGGGCCUCGAUUGGUUUGUAAAAGUCGAACCAGAUCAUCAAAAGAAUAUGAAGGAAGUGGGUGUUGUUUUUAAGGAACGGAAGUAUAGUGUGGUUCCCACCGCACCACCCUCGUCCAAUUCACGCAGGCAGGCACGCCAUAGUAUUGCUCCUACUACCAAGCCCGCAUCUCGAAAAGACCACCAUGGAAACAGUGAGGCACCCCAGAAUAGUUUAAGCUCCAAGAAGCUAGAGGAUUUAAAGAAAAUGAGAAGUCCAUAG